AUGGGAUCAUGCAUUGACCUAUAAUUUCUGAAGGACAAGAAAUGGCGUUCAAGAUAUCAAUAACCAUCUUUCUCUUGCACGUCUGUUUUUAUUCUGACGCUUUCAAAGACUACGAACAUCGAUUCAAACAGUUCGCCCACAUCAAAAGCUAUGCAAGUCCAGCAACUCAGCAACAAGCUGUCCAUGACUUGGUUGCACGACUUCUCCCAGAUUACRAAAACAAUUUUAUCAUCAAAGUUGAUCCGAACAUGGGCCUUGGAUCCAAUUUAGACAAGUUUAAAUAUGUUACUAUUGAAUCAAAGCUAUCCAUUAACUGUACUAGUGGCGUAGCAUGCGCUAUGGGUAUCAAUCAUUUCUUGAAAUACUUUUGCAUGGCUCAUAUUUCUUGGAGUGGAGACCAGCUGAAGAUUCCCAAUCCAUUUCCUUCAGUGGGAAAUGUAGUGUCAAUAGUUGCGAACAACAGGUUCAGGUAUUAUCAAAAUGUUUGCACCUCAAGUUACUCCUUUGUAUGGUGGAACUGGACACGGUGGCAGCGUGAGAUUGACUGGAUGGCUUUAAAUGGUAUUAAUUUACCCCUAGCUUUUACUGGACAAGAGGCAAUAUGGCAAAAUGUGUACCUGAAAAUGGGUCUUAAACAGGAGGAACUGGACUCACACUUUGGUGGACCAGCAUUUUUGGCUUGGGCAAGAAUGGGUAACAUGCAUGGAUGGGGUGGACCCCUUCCGGAAUCAUGGUACAAAUCACAACUAAGUCUCCAGCACAAGAUUCUAACAGCAAUGAGAAACAUUGGAAUGACACCAGUUCUGCCUGGAUUUGCAGGUCAUGUUCCAAAAGGACUGACCAGGAUAUAUCCCAAGGCAAAUGUGUCACAGCUCGGUGAUUGGGGUCACUUUAAUGCAACAUAUUGCUGUACCUAUCUGCUUGAUCCUAGUGAUCCAUUAUUCAAGCAAAUUGGUGGAGAUUUCAUUAAGGCACAAACUGAAGAGUUUGGUACCAACCAUAUUUACAAUGCUGACACUUUCAAUGAAAUGAGACCAAGAUCAAAUGAUACUAAGUACUUAUCAUCAGCAAGCAAAGCUGUGUAUGAGGGCAUGCUAGCUGGAGAUGCUGAYGCUAUUUGGUUGAUGCAAGGCUGGCUUUUCUUGGAUGGGAAUUUYUGGAAGCCUCCUCAAAUCAAAGCUCUGUUACAAGGUGUUCCACAAGGUAAGAUGAUWAUCCUUGACCUGAUGGCRGAGACAGCACCAGUGUGGAGYCGUACAGAGUCUUUCUAUGGUCAGCCAUUCAUUUGGUGUAUGCUGCACAACUUUGGGGGAAAUCUUGGCUUGUAUGGAACUAUUGAAAGCAUUACAACCAAUCCGAUUGUGGCUAAUAACACAAAAGGAAGUACAAUGAUUGGCACAGGCUUGACUCCCGAAGGCAUCAACCAAAAUGACAUGAUUUAUGACUURAUGAAUGAAAUGGGCACAUGGAUAAAMCAGACUCUAACMACAACACAAAUCCAGAACUGGGUUGAAUCUUAUGCUGCACGACGCUAUGGCACAGUGGAUGACUCYAUUGUCAAAGCUUGGCGUUAUUUGACCAAGAGYGUUUAUAAUUGCACUGAUGGAAGAAAUAAUCUUCGAGUCACCGUUAUCACAGCAGUUCCAUCACUCAAUAUUGUACCACAUGUAUGGUUUGACCAAGAGGAUCUUUUACAGGCUUUUGAUAUAUUUGUAGCCGUUGCUGAUGAGUUUAGCCACAUUGAGACAUUUAGGUAUGACUUGGUAGAUGUUGUAAGAGAAGCCAUGCAUCUCAUGACAAUCAAAUUCUAUAAKGAAAUCAUAGAAGCAUACAAUGCCAAAGACAAAACAGCUCUUAUCAUGAGUKGUGCUAAACUAGUAAAUAUCUUGGCUGAUCUGGACGAAAUGCUCAUGACCAAUGAACAUUUCUUGUUGGGCAAGUGGCUYGAGUCUGCCAAGUCUCUAGGUACUACACCAGAGGAAGUCAAGUUGUAUGAGUAUAAUGCCCGUAAUCAAAUAACCCUUUGGGGACCGGCAGGUAAUAUCAAUGAUUAUGCAAACAAGCAGUGGAGUGGACUAGUUGGAGCGUACUAUAAGCCAAGGUGGGAGCUUUUUGUUGAGGAAAUCGUCACCGCAGUUGCACAAGGAAAGCCCUUUGAUUUCAAUGCAUUCAAUGCAAAGUUGUUUGUCCAGGAAUCUGCCUGGACRCAUGGUAAUGAAACGUAUCCUUCAAUUGCAAAGGGAGAUAGUGUUGAAGUUGCUAAAUAUAUAUACAGAAAGUACUUCAAAACGAAAUUCAAAACGAAUUUAAGUGGCACAUAACUUUUGUAUUGUCCUCUAGCUGUUGGAUACUGUUUAAAUUGUGUAUCUUAAUCUUGAGGUGUUGGGACUGCUGUUGGAGGACCUUACUUUUAUGCCAGUUAAAAAACAUGGCACAUUUAAAAUUAUAUGAAAUUUUUAAAAUCUAGAAAACCUGAGAACUGGGUGUAUGUGGGACAAAUGGCAUAGUUGUGAUUUGCRGGUCAUUUUAGUCUGAAAAAAGCAGAACAAAUUAAAAAGGGGCAUAAAAUGUAAUUCAAUAUUUCAUGACAGGUUUGGGAAAGUUAGUUUUAAAGUUCUGCAUAGGGUGUGUGUAAAUGUAGGACCCCUGGGUGUUGUAGUAUGCAAAAGAUCCUUAGUCAUUAUGAUGUGUUAUAGUAAUAAAAUAGUUUAGUAAAAUCUCUUCCCAACAAUUGUAAAUUUCAACCUAUAGAUUGCUGGGACAUUACCAUGUAGUUGCUCACCCAAACAAACAGCCAAUAAAUCUUUUGAACAAUUUAA